GCCCAGAGAGAAGAAGCGUGUGUCAUCGAGGGGUGUAUCCAGACUAGAUUCCUUGGCCCCACCCACGGCUCCACAGCGCCCCCCUCCUUAGACAAGACCAUCCCCUUCGACAGCCCCUCCCCCUCCUCAAUGGGAAGGCAGGAACAACAGACCCCGGACGAACACGCAGCGCCAGGACACAAACACCCUCCACAGCAGACAUGCACAGCACUGCAGCCUCCCCUCGUAGCCCCUCCCCCCAGGCUACUGUCCACCUGAAUGGCCACAGUAGUCAGGAGGGCGUGUCUGCAGGUCGGAGGGGACGGAGACCCAGAGUAGUGACCCCUGAACCCAGUCCUAGCCCCGCCCCCAAGGGUCGCCCUCCCGGCAGGAAGAGAGGCAGGAAGUCCAGACAGGAACUAGAGGCCAUGAGGAGGGGCCUCCGGCGAAGCUCCACCCCCGAGGACAAGCUCAACCAAUCCACAKGCGACGAGGGCGGGACUUCCUCUGCCCAGGAAGCAUCCGUGCUGUCGGGGGCCGGACUUCCAGGAACGCCACGGCGCCGCGGUAGGCCAAGACUGGUCAGGACAGAGAUAGCCCCGACCCCUUCCAGCCCCGACCCCUCCCCUUCCCCUUUGAGGAGGAGCAGCCGGCGAAUCAACGACGAGAUGACUCCCCCUGCCCAGUCUCUGCAACAAUCACAGCGCGUGAGGGCAUCGCCACAGGACGAGAACAACGAUGAAGAGGAGGAGGCGGAACAGGAAGGGGAGGGGUCAGCGGGAUCGAUGCGUACACGUAACCGGGGGCGACGAACGGCGUACUACACGGAGGAGGACUCAGAGGAGGAGGAGCAGAGACAACUCCUGGUUGAAGACUCCUCCCUCACCUUUGGCACUUCCUCCAAGGGGCGUGUCCGCAAGCUCACAGACAAGGCCAAGGCCAACCUCAUCGGCUGGUAACCAACCAACCGCACCGCCAUUAUUAUUGGAUGGUUACCACGACGACCGCACCCUGGUAACCACGACAACCAUGCAUUUACUUUGGGCUGGUAACAAAGACAACCCCCCCCCCCCACUUCCAGACCAGAGGAGAGGAUUGUUUCACCUGACUACGCCGUGUUGUAGAGCAGGGUGAUGGCUGCUCCUGGUGUGUCCCCGUCCCUGUGUCCACACCAUAGACCAGC